GGUCCGUUGGUUGGAUUUGACAUUUGAAAAUAAAAGGAUAUUAAUAAAUGGAUUUUCUAUGUGAAAAUCAGUCUCGGUGUGCAAACGUAUCAUAAUGUUUUGAUACCAAAUCACCAAAACUACUUUGAAUUUAUUUUUGGUUAAUACAAAAAUGAGUCAAAACAUUGAUGAUAGCCCAAACUCAGAUAACAAUAUAAUGGACAUAUCAGAACAAACAACAAUAUCUCAGGAAUCGUUUGGUUUAUCGCCAGAAACGGAACUAAAAACCAACUCGACGACUGCAUCGGAUUCAAUCGGCUUCAUGGGCAGCGAUGCCACAUCGAAAUCAAUUGGCAGCGUAAAUAAAAUUACAUCGACGAAGACGAAGACGAAGACGACGACGACGACAACAACAACAGUUACAGAACGUAAAAUGGCUACAAUAAACUCGUCACUAAGUAAUGCAACAUCGCGUACAUCGAAUAGAAACUACUCCAAUUCUGAUCAGCAUGACAAUAAAUUUGAUGAUAGUUCCUUAGACAAUCGCAUACUAGUCAACAAAAAUACCCAUACGAAUUCAACAAAGCAACGGAUUGGUAUGACAUUGGUCGACAUGCAUCCGCUGAUGAUGGUGAAAAGCGAUGAGGAUGACGAUUUGUCACCCGAUUCAUCCACCACAUUCGAUGGUGUGUGCAAUCCGGAAUCCGAAUUCGCUAAUACGGAAAGUGAAUCACCAAUGCAUGUGUCACCCACGCAACGCUACGGCACAUUGUGUUUGCCCAAAGUUAAAGAACUGAGCGACAAAUCGUAUUUGAGCAGUGGCGAAUCUGAGCCAGAUAUUUCACAAUAUCAGGCAUCAGUCGAACCGACAUUCCAGUCAGUGUCGUUGAUGAACUAUAACGGCGGCAAACUAGCUACCGCUCCGAAAGUGAGCGGCCUACGAAAAAUUCUGUUGACCGAAGAAUUAAUGUCAACCAAAGAGGACGAUUCAUCCGUUGAGACAAUAUCGAAUAAUAGUUUCGAUGAUGACAUUGAAGACGAGGAUGGUUUAAGUUUUAAGGAAACCAAAAGCAAUAGGCAACCAGCAUCGAAUCAUGAAGCGGUUUUAACUAGUGUAAGUGCAACGAUAGCCAAUGAAAAUGGAGCAAAGGUGCAGCAAAUGUCUGGCGUGGCGGUCACAUUACCAAACGGCCAAACCAGAGAUAUUGAUAUGAAAGUGAUCGAACCAUACAAACGAUGUUUAUCACAUGGUGGUUACAUUAAGUCACCCGGCCACAAUGCCAUCGUCAUAUUUAGCGCAUGCUUUUUACCAGAUCGAUCGAGAGCUGACUACCAUUAUGUGAUGGAAAAUCUGUUUCUGUAUGUCAUCAAAACAUUGGACCAGUUUGUAACCGAAGAUUAUAUACUGAUCUAUCUGCAUGGUGGAUCAAAUCACACGGUGCCACCGUUACCAUGGCUCAAAAAGUGCUACCACCUAUUGGACCGGAGGAUCAGGAAAAAAUUGAAAAAUUUGUACAUGGUUCACCCGACAUUUUGGCUAAAAUCGGUGGUUUGGAUGGCACGGCCCUUCAUUAGCUCGAAAUUUUGGCGCAAACUAGUCUAUAUACGAACACUCGAUGAUCUCUAUCAAAUAAUACCAGUAGAAAAAGCAGCCGUCCCGGAAAAAGUUAAAAUAUACGAUCGAAAACAUUCAUAAAUGCCCGAUUGCAUCGAGGGACACUUAAUUCCACACACACACACCCUCACACACACCCUCACACACACCCUCACACACACCCUCACACACACCCUCACACUUAGACUAGUGAUAUGAUUUUUCUGUAUAGUAAAUUUGUAAUGUUGUGUUAUGAACAAAAACCAAAAAAAAUUGCACCACGAUUUGUGAAAUACGUGUGCGUACUUACACCGGAUAGGAAGAAUGAAACCGAAAAAAAAUACUCGCCUUGUAACCAUCACACAUCACCCAAGCUAUUGUACCAAUUUGAUCUCGUUUAUUAAGUGUUAUUUAAAGCAAGGAAAACCAAGGGAAUAUGAAACAUUCCACAUGCAAUCAUUCCGACAGUAUUUUUGUGGUCAAUAGCCAGUAGCAUACUGAGAGCAUUGAACUAUAAUUGAGUCUCGUUGAUCAAUGCCAUUGCCACACCAUUCUAGUUGAUAUUUUGAUGCAAUAAUAUUUAUUUUCCCAUCUUGUAUAUAUUUAUUUAUCCCGUUUUGUGUGAUUCACUAAUGUAAUUGGAAUAGUAUUUGUAAAUAAACGUAGUAAAAAAGCAGAUUGAACCAAAACAAAAAAAAAA